AUGGCGAAAAUUUUCAGUGUACUUUUCUUAGUUUUAUCAAUCUUAUUUGAAGCUCAAACCCAACUUAAUAAAAAUUUAAAGUAUUUUGAAACUCUUCAUGUUGACGAAAUCAGUCACAAAGUAGUCAAAAGAGGAUUAAAGCACAGCAUUAAUUUGCACAAUAAGAUCCGGGAAGUGGAAUUUGAGACAUUAGGAAGAAAAUUUAAGCUAAUUUUACAUCCACAUCGAGAUGUCCUUCACCAUAAUUUCCGUGCAUAUACAGUAAAUUCCGAUGGAAAUGAAACAGUUGUACAUUUGGAUCAAGACAGUUUUUUUCGAGGUCGUGUAUUUGGUGAAUCAGCAUCGCAUGUCAGUGCUCAUAUUGAUGACUCAAAUGUACUCACUGCAACAAUUAUACUUCCUGAUGAGACGUAUCACAUUGAACCUUCAUGGAGGCACAUGGAGAAGCCAUUGCCUGAGAGUAGUGACAAGCAUAUGGUCGCAUAUAAAGCAUCUGACGUGAAACUUAGCUGGGAAAAUCAUGAACAUGGUACUGGUGAAGAGCAUUUUACACCUGGAAAGUGUGGAUACAUAAAGGAAGGUGCUGAGCUAGAAACAGACGAUGAUGACGACGAAGAUUUUGAGGAACCAGAAGUUGAAGCCUAUGGAUCCACAGAUGAACCAAAACACAAAACGAAAAGAAGCAAGAGACAAGCUGAUCAAUAUGAAUAUACUCCAACAAAGACGAGAUGUCCAUUACUGCUCGUUGCUGAUUAUCGAUUCUUUCAAGAAAUGGGCAGUUCCAAUACUAAAACUACAAUCUCUUAUCUUAUAAGUCUUAUUGACCGAGUCCACAAAAUCUACAAUGAUACAAUUUGGCAAGAUAGGGAUGCUGACGGAUUUCGUGGAAUGGGAUUCGUCAUCAAAAAGAUUCUAGUUCAUAGUGAACCGACCAAAGUACGAGGAGGUGAAGCUCAUUACAAUAUGAUCCGUGAAAAAUGGGAUGUUAGGAAUCUGCUUGAGGUCUUUUCUCGAGAAUAUUCACACAAAGAUUUUUGUCUUGCACAUCUUUUUACUGAUUUGAAAUUUGAAGGUGGUAUUCUAGGUCUAGCUUACGUUGGAUCACCGAGACGAAACUCUGUUGGAGGAAUUUGCACGCCUGACCCAAAAGUAAUGCAACAAAAUCUUAAUCUCCUUACAGAAUACUUCAAAAAUGGAUAUACUCUAUACCUAAACUCCGGACUAAGUUCAUCAAGAAACCACUAUGGUCAACGAGUCAUAACCAGAGAAGCUGACUUAGUAACAGCUCAUGAAUUUGGACACAAUUGGGGUAGCGAACAUGAUCCAGACAUUCCAGAGUGCUCACCGUCUGCAUCGCAAGGAGGAAGUUUCCUUAUGUACACUUAUUCAGUAAGUGGAUAUGAUGUGAAUAACAAGAAAUUCUCACCUUGUUCGCUGAGAUCAAUAAGGAAGGUUUUACAAGCUAAAAGUGGUCGAUGCUUUUCAGAACCAGAAGAAUCGUUUUGUGGAAAUUUGCGAGUUGAAGGUGACGAGCAGUGUGAUGCUGGAUUAUUAGGAACAGAGGAUAAUGAUCAAUGUUGUGACAAGAAUUGUAAAUUAAGGAAGAAUCAAGGUGCAGUAUGCAGUGACAAGAAUUCACCAUGCUGUCAAAAUUGUCAGUUCAUGCCUGCAGGCGUUAAAUGUAGAGAAGCUGCAUAUGCAACAUGUGAACAAGAAGCUAGAUGUACUGGAAAUAGUGCAGACUGUCCAAAAUCACCACCAAUGAGUGACGGAACAAUUUGUCAGGAACGUGGUCAAUGUAGGUCUGGAAAAUGUGUUCCUUACUGUGAAACUCAAGGAUUGCAAAGCUGUAUGUGUGAUGUUAUAGCUGAUGCAUGCAAAAGAUGCUGUCGAAUGUCAAUCAAUGAAACAUGUUUUGCUGUAGAGCCACCAGAUAUACUGCCUGACGGAACUCCAUGUAUUCAAGGCUUCUGUAAUAAAGGAGUUUGUGAAAAGACAAUUCAGGAUGUUGUCGAAAGAUUCUGGGAUAUUAUUGAAGAGAUUAAUAUCAAUAAGGUUUUGAGAUUUUUGCGUGACAAUAUUGUCAUGGCUGUUGUGACAGUAACAACGAUCUUCUGGAUUCCAACAAGCUGCUUAAUCAGCUAUUUUGAUCGUCGAGCUAGACAUGCUGAAUUGAAGGAAUAUAAUUGGAAGCAGCAACUAGAUUUAAUACAUCCAAGUGAUAGACGUAGAGUCAUACAUAUUCGUGUUCCAAGACAAAAAAUAACAGUCGCGACGAGAAUGUAA